AUGGAUCCCCACCCGACGACGCCGAACCUGGGUGGAGGCGAUCUCGGUCCGAGGCCUUCGGCCGAAGCCACCAUGUUGACCGACCGACCAACGCCGACGAAACCUUAUGGACGACCAGCGAAAGCAACCGCAUCUUCGCAACCAUCGACGACGAAGCUGACCGCGCCUGGUGUGGCGGCCUCUUCCGCGUCGGGGGGGGGGGGGGCUCUGCCUUCGCCCUCGGCACCGGCAGGGGUCCGCCCCCAGAGCGCCAACAUCAAGGUCAGCGACUCGAAACACCUCGCCGGCAUUGACCUGUCCACUAUUCCGACUGCUACCUCGUCUCCUACUCUGUCCGUCUACACCACUACCACCACCACUGCCUCUAUCACCUCGCCCAUCGUGACUGCCUCUCCCUCCUUACCCGUUCUCGUCGUUGACGCGCCUGUGGACCCCAUGGACACCGCCGCUCCAGCUACUUCAGACGACGACUUUGGGUUCGUGAAGCCUCGGAAGACCACCAAGCGGCCUCUCCGCGACGUGCUCUCUUCGGAUGACGCCGUCCCAGUGGAAAACCGCUACGGAUCCUUAUCCUCCUUGCCUGACUCUGACAUCGACGACGCCGCCUCAUCUGCUCCUCCUCUCACCGCCAAGCCUCGUCGUACCCAGCACCCGAAGAGACAUAAGACUGUUGCCGCGCCGCCCCAGCCUCAACCUUCUACAUCUGUCUCCCCUCCGCAACCUCAGCCAUCCACGUCUCAGCGGCCGGCCACCUCUGCUCCGUCUGCACCUAAGCCGCCUCGCAUGCCACCCAUUGGCAUUCGCUCCUCGCCGACCGCUCAACCCUUCCUCCACAUCAAACACUUGCAGUCCUUGCUCACCGGUCCACUCACCGCCACCUCCAUUAACGACCGUACGUCUUUCUACACUGCUAAUCCUCACGACCAUCAGUUCCUCUACGACCACCUCAAGAGACAUGGCUACCAGCCCUACACCCACCUGCGUCCCGACGAGCGCACCGACCGUGUUGUGGUCAAGCGCCUGCCCUCCUCCACCACCGCGGACGAGGUCAAGGAGGCUCUCCUGGACCUCGGCCUCCCGGUGGGCACCAUCUUGCCGCUCCGCACCUCCGCCGACUCAACAACCCGGCCCUUCCUCGUCUGCACCAACGGACUAGGGGAGGCGACGCAGUUCCUCAAACUGAAGACGCUAGGCUGCUGGGUGGUGACCGUAGAGCGCUACCGGGGCUCUGGGAGGGUACCCCAGUGCUAUCGGUGCCAGUCCACCGGACAUCCAUCGACACGCUGCGAGCGGGACCCCAGGCAUACAUCCGACGACACCCGCCGCGACCUGCUGACCCGACGAUGA